AUGCCACACUAUCCAUCUGACACACCACCCUCAGCUUCGCAGAAAGACAACACCAGUCCCCAAGUGUCCGUAUUUCGAACACUCCCAGAGUACUCAUACAUACUUGAACAAUGGACACCCUCUCCAACGCUGAAAGUAGGCCCUAUCUGUUGCUUACUGACAUGCUUUACUGAUGCACUUGACCCUCAAGCUCUCGACGAAUACAUCAAGGAGCUCACCAAGCUCGAUGCCGAAGACCCCGAUUUCGUCGACACCGUGCAGGAGAUACACCGCAUCCUUGCUGCCGAUCCCGAGCUUGCAGGAAAGGCCCCCAACUUCACCCCCAUCGCCAGCGGAGGGACCCUUAGGUUCUCAGUCCCCCGCGUCGGGGGACACGUUGGCGAUAUGCUCGACCAAAUGACCGGCGGGCGCUUUAAAAGCACACCCCACCGUGUCGUCCCGCCACCCCACGGGGCCUCUCGCAUCUCCGUCCCUUUCUUCUUCGACUUCAGCUGGGACGCCAAGAUGGAGUACCUCCCGCUCGACCACCUCCCCGCCCUCACGCCAGAAGAGCAGGCCAUCGCCAAAGCAAGGUGGGAGCAGACGACGUUUACUGGCGUGUCGGGCGUGUGGGCACAGUACCACGCGAAGAAGGUCAAGAAGGUAUUCCCGGACCUGCAGCUCCCCGACUUUGAGCACAACGCAAAGCCGUCGACGCGGUUCAACGUUGCCGUCAAUACGGCCGUCAAUGCAUAA